UUUGUAUGUGGAUGCUCCAACUUGUUGAUGACUACAAUAUACAACUUGAACUGAAGAAAAUUUUUUCAUUAUCAUGACUGCAUAUUCUAUAUGAUCACCAUUGCUGGAGAUUUCACCUUUUCCUUGGAAAUUAUGCACAACCAAAGCUUUGUUACUGAAUUUGUCCUUCUGGGGCUUUCACAGAAUCCAAAUGUUCAGAAAAUGUUAUUUGUUGUAUUUUUGUUUGUCUAUAUUGCAAUAGUCAUGAUAAACAUGUUAAUUGUAGUAACCAUCAGCAGCAGCCCUGCACUGCUGGGAUCCCCCAUGUACUUCUUCCUGGCUUUCCUCUCCUUCCUAGAUGUAUGCUUCUCUUCCUUCUUCAUGCCAAAGAUGAUCAUGGAUUCACUCAAUGAGAGGAAAACCAUCUCUUUUGAAGGCUGCAUUAUGCAGGUUUUUGCUGAUCACUUCCUUAGUGGGGCAGAGUUGAUUGUCCUCACAGCCAUGGCCUAUGAUCGGUAUGUGGCCAUUUGCAAGCCUUUGCAUUACUCUUCCAUCAUGAACCGCAGGUUCUGUGGCAUUCUCAUUGGGGUAGCCUGGGCCGGGGGCUUCUUGCAUUCCAUGAUACAAAUACUCUUUAUUUUUCCGUUGCCCUUUUGUGGUCCCAAUGUCAUUGAUCACUUCUUGUGUGACUUGCAUCCAUUACUGGAGCUUGCCUGCACCGACACUCACAUCUUUGGCUUUUUUGCAGUGGCCAACAGUGGGUUUUUCUGCAUCAUAGUCUUCUCUUUAUUGCUUGUCUCCUAUGGUGUCAUCUUGUUCUCUCUGAGAACAUACAGUUCCAAAGGUCGGAGAAAAGCUCUGUCUACCUGUGGAUCUCACAUUACUGUUGUGGUUUUGUUCUUUGUCCCAUGCAUGUAUGUAUACUCACGACCUCCAUCUACUUUCUCUUCUGACAAAAUGGUGACAAUAGUUUACACCAUCCUAACUCCCUUGCUCAAUCCUUUAAUUUAUACUUUUAGGAAUAAGGAGGUAAAAAAUGCCAUGAGGAAAGUAUGGAACAGAUUGGUGGUGGUUUCUGAUGGCAAAUAAAAUAUUAAAGUGUUUUUUUAUAAAAUCAAGGUCAAGAGUAAAAAGGUUAAAAUCGUCACGGAUGAAAUCUUUAUUGGAUAUGUCUUGGAGAGGUCACUUAAACGCAUGUUUGAGUUUUGCUCUGGAAGAUGGACCAGGCAGGAGGUGGUGGACAAAAGUGAAUUUGUGACAGUGACACUCGUCUGCAUCUCCCCACGCCCCUGUGGUAUCACAGUCCAAGCUUGUGCUGGGGAUGUUCAUGUUGGAUGA